CAUGCAGGAACUCCUGGGCAGCAGCUGGAGGAAGUUUGGACAUGCUGGCCGGGGGACCUACGAGUGGUUAACUAGCGAACCGAGCCUUCCCCUUCUGGAGACCCAACUGCAGGGCACGCAGAAAAUAAGUUCUACCCAAGAAGAUGUGGAGCCAUUCCUGUGCAUUCUUCUCCCAGCUACCAUCCUGCUCUUCCUGGCCUUUCUGUUGCUGUUCCUGUACCACCACUGCAAGGCUGCACGGCCCCAGGGCCAGGUCUUCAGCAUUGACCUUACAGAGCACCCCACAGCUGGAGAGGUCACUGACUUUCUGCCGGCAUUGCCAUGGAACAGUGAGCAGAACAUCCCCUACUCUCCUCUGCCCCGGGAGGUGGCCCUGGUCUCCGUGUGCCUGCCCCCCUCUUAUGAAGAGGCCACCAGGAAUGCCCCCAGGGAAGAGACCCUGCACUAUGUCCUUCAGUGUGAAGAGAGUUUGCCUGGACUGGAAGAGCAGAUCUAA